CUUGUUACAUAACGUUUGACACUUGUUUAGUCGUUGUCAGUGGAAGGUAACAAACGAUUAAUUAUUCUAUUGAAUUCAAUUGGAGACGAAGGACCACGUUUAGUAUGGUCCCUCAUACAAGUGAUAACAGUCGUGUAUAUUUAUAUUUUUAUAAUAUUCAGUGAUAUUUAUUCACCUAAAACAUAUUGACUUUUAUGUGAUUUGUGUUGGAAGUUGUAAUUGUGAGCAAGUGUGUCGUUUUCUUUAAAUUAUUUGCAUAUUAUUUUAAAAGGACGCGAUGCUGUCACGAGUGGCUCAAGUCUGGCGGCAGUCCCUGAAGCAGUACCCCGUGGCUACCAACACUGGGGUCUACGCCAGCUUCUACUUAGCAGCUGAGCUGAUGCAGCAGACGUACAAUAAGAUGAACAAGCCAGAAAAGCCAGAUAUUGACUUGACAGCGGCUGCGCGAAUCUCAGCGGUGGGAAGCACUUUGUACGCCCCAACUUUAUAUUAUUGGUACAAGUUCCUGGACCGAAAAUUCGCCGGCAAGGCAAUGAAGACGGUGAUCACGAAAGUAGCCGCUGAUCAGUUCCUGAUGACACCAGUUUUAUUAGCCUCAUUUUUCACCAUUAUGAGUGUCGUGGAACGCAAGGAAGACAUUUUCGCUGAACUUCGAGAAAAAUACUGGAUGGCCUUCAUGGCCAACCAAUCCUUCUGGAUACCGGCGCAAAUGGUCAACUUCUCCUUCAUGCCCCCUCAUUUGAGGGUCGUUUACGUGGCGACUGCCUCGUUUCUAUGGAUUAAUGUUUUGUGCUUCAUCAAAAGACAAAAGACUGGCAAAGAAAUGAUCUUAGAAGUUACACCAAGCUUGUAAAUAUAAUCUUCUGAUCAAAAUUUUUCUCUCACCAUUUUCUUUGUGAUAUUUUAAGUGUAAUACACGUGGUUUUUGGGAUUAAGAACUUGAGACUGUACCCAUUAAGGAAUGAAGAUGUAAUUAAUAUGUUCAUGUUUGUGCUUUAUAAGUAAGUACUUUGCAUAAAAGUGUUAAUUGUUUACGUACUUCCUAAGAUAAGACGUAAAAAUAUAUUUUAGUGAAUAAUAUUCCAUUUACAUAUUUUAUAAGGAAAUGUAACCAAUUUAUUUUGUAAAUAAAUGUGUAAUAGCUUUGA